AUUCAACGGAUUUUGAUAUUACCAAAAGGCCCUUUGAAUUUAUAGACCCAAAGUGUUCGAUCCAGUCCAGUUAGAAAAUCACAUGCCAAGAUACUUUCGCUUGUAGUUGUACGCUGUACUGUACCGUUUCUCUUCGUCUACCAAUUCAUCCGAUCUACCAUCUUUCAGCUCGUACGCUCUCUCCGUUUGCAGGCUUGCAGCUCCUCUUCUCCUUAGGUCGGACGCAGCCUAAACCAUGCGGUUCGGCUAAUAUCCAGACCGAGUAGGAAUGGAAUCAAAGUUCUUUCGCUUCCUAAAGAUAGUUGGAGUUGGUUUCAAAGCAAGAGCUGAAGCAGAGGGGCGUCUGUUAUACCUAAAACUGGGUUACAGCCAUGAGGUUGAGCUCACUGUUCCUCCAGCUGUUCGUGUGUUUUGCUUCAAACCGAACGUGAUCUGCUGCACAGGGAUUGACAAGCAAAGGACAAAUCAAUUUGCUGCGGCCAUCAGAAGCUGCAAACCACCAGAAGUAUACAAAGGGAAAGGGAUAAUGUACAUUGAUGAAGUGAUUAAGAAGAAGCCAGGAAAGAAAUCGAAAUGAGCUCUCCAGGUUCUUCAUUUAUUUGUACCCACUUUUGAAUUCAUCCAUCUGCUGAAGAUAAUAAGAGUGGGUGUCCUGGAUUUCCUGAUUUUUUUUGUUUUCUUCUUGAUUGUCAAUGCACUCUAUUUUCUUUCAAGUGAUUCUUACAUCAUGGUGUCAGUUUCAUUUUAGAAGGAACUAGUUAGUUCCCUCUGUGUGUUCAAUCAUUUAGAAUCUGAUAUGAGAAAUAAGUUAAUUGAAGAAGAGCUUAGAAAGGAAAGCCAACUAAAAGUUGGGAUGUUGAUAUUUCUGCAGCUGUAUUGAUGGGCAGAAGAUGUUUAUACUCAUCAGAAGGUGAAUACACA